AUGAUCUACUAUGAAAACGAAAUUAUAACAGAAGAAAAGCCCCCGUCAAGCAUUCCGUCAAGUGACCCUGCACUAUGGCAAGUAAACAAUGAAUUUCGAGAUUAUAUUGCUAAAAAAGGACUGCAACAAAACGAAGAAAUAGAUUUUUCCAGACCAGAAAGGCAGUAUAAAAAUAAAAAAAGAUUUCUAUCUAAAAACAUGUUCGAAAUGAAGCUCGUUAAUGGCAAAAUUGUGAAGAGAAGCUGGUUAGUGUAUUCAGAAUCCACAGGUCACGUGUUUUGUGGACCUUUCAAGUUAUAUGGAGGAACAUCCGUAUUUGCCAAAAGUGGAUUUAAUGACUGGAAAAAUGCUAACCUAAUAACUGAUCAUGACAAUUCUCCGGAUCAUCGUAAAUGUUUGGGACAAUAUGUAUCAAGAGGAAAUUUUUUACAAAGAAUGGAUACCCAAAUAGUCAAACAAUAUAAUGAAGAAAUGACUUAUUGGCGAAAUGUAUUACUACGUGUAAUAGAAACAAUAAAGUUUUUAGCUUCUCGUGGGCUUCCAUUUCACGGUCAAAAUGAAGUUAUUGGAUCUGCAUUAAACGGAAAUUUUCUUGGCUGUAUUGAGCUUAUAUCUAAAUUUGAUCCUUUCAUGGCUGAACAUGUGGUAAGAUUUGGGCAAAAAGAUAGAGGUUCUUCAUCCUACUUGUCAUCCUCUAUAAUCGAUGAAUUUAUUUUACUGCUGGCUGACGAAGUUCGACUUUCGAUUGUAGGAGAAAUAAAAAAAGCAAAAUAUUAUUCGAUAAGCAUUGAUUCUACUCCAGAUAUUUCACACACCGAUCAGUUGACAUUUAUUAUUCGUUAUAUUUUGCCUGAAGGAGAACCUGUCGAACUCUUUGUUACAUUUUUACCCAAUUGCGGUCACAAAGGUGAAGACAUGGAGGAGGCUGUUCUUAGGACCAUUAAUAAAACUUUGGAACUUGAUAUUAAAGACUGUCGUGGCCAAAGUUAUAAUAAUGCUAGCAAAAUGUCUGGUCAAUACAAAGGUCUUCAGUCAAGAAUUAAAGCUGUAAAUCCUCUGGCUACUUUUGUUCCUUGUGCAGCGCAUUCUCUCCAACUCGUGGGAUCAGUUGCCGCGGAAAGUAGUGACGAGUCAGCUGCUUUUUUUACACUGGAACAACAACUUUACAAUUUUUUUUCUGGAUCUACAAGCAGAUGGCAACUUUUAGUAUCCAAAUUAGAUGAAGAAUCGACGGUACUAAAAAAUCUGUCAAAAACUCGAUGGAGUGCGCGAGCAGAUGCAAGCAAAGCCUUAUACAGUUCAUACAAACAGGUUCUGGAAGUAUUAAACUCUAUUUGCGAAGACAAAAAUCAAUGUAAAGAGACCAAAAUAGAAGCAAAAGCAAUUUUAGAAAAAAUGAAAGAAUUGGCGAAAGAUCUUUUUCAGCUCUUAAAAGAAUAA